AUGUUCAGCUCCAUGAAAAUUAUGGCAGUGGGGAGAAAUCCUACGUAUGUCAGCAAUGUGGAAAAGGGUUCACUAAAUCUCGACAUCCAGUGUGGGAAAGCUUUUAACAGACAGGCAAACUGUAAAAUACAUGAAAGAAUUCACACUGGAGAGAAACCAUAUCUAUGUGAGCAAUGUGGUAAAGCUUUUAACACACGUGCACAAUGUAAGGUUCAUAAAAGAAUUCACACUGGAGAGAAACCAUAUGUAUGUAAGGAAUGUGGGAAAGCUUUUUACACAUGGGCAAAUUGUAAAAUACAUGAAAGAAUUCACACUGGAGAGAAACCAUAUUCAUGUGAGCAAUGUGGGACAGCUUUUAACACAAGGGGAGAUUUUAAGAAACAUGAAAGUAUUCACACUGGAGAGAAACCCUAUGUAUGUAAGGAAUGUGGAAAAGCUUUUAACACAUGGGCAAAUUGUAAAAUACAUGAAAGAAUUCACACUGGAGAGAAACCCUAUGUAUGUAAGCAAUGUGGGACAGCUUUUAACACAUGGGGAGAUUUUAAGCAACAUGAAAGAAUUCACACUGGAGUGAAACCAUAUGUAUGUAAGCAGUGUGGGAAAGCUUUUAACAGACAGGCAAACUGUAAAAUACAUGAAAGAAUUCACACUGGAGAGAAACCAUAUCUAUGUGAGCAAUGUGGUAAAGCUUUUAACACACGUGCACAAUGUAAGGUUCAUAAAAGAAUUCACACUGGAGAGAAACCAUAUGUAUGUAAGGAAUGUGGGAAAGCUUUUUACACAUGGGCAAAUUGUAAAAUACAUGAAAGAAUUCACACUGGAGAGAAACCAUAUUCAUGUGAGCAAUGUGGGACAGCUUUUAACACAAGGGGAGAUUUUAAGAAACAUGAAAGUAUUCACACUGGAGAGAAACCCUAUGUAUGUAAGGAAUGUGGAAAAGCUUUUAACACAUGGGCAAAUUGUAAAAUACAUGAAAGAAUUCACACUGGAGAGAAACACUAUGUAUGUAAGCAAUGUGGGACAGCUUUUAACACAUGGGGAGAUUUUAAGCAACAUGAAAGAAUUCACACUGGAGUGAAACCAUAUGUAUGUAAGCAGUGUGGGAAAGCUUUUAACAGACAGGCAAACUGUAAAAUACAUGAAAGAAUUCACACUGGAGAGAAACCAUAUCUAUGUGAGCAAUGUGGGAAAGCUUUUAACACACGUGCACAAUGUAAGGUUCAUAAAAGAAUUCACACUGGAGUGAAACCAUAUGUAUGUAAGGAAUGUGGGAAAGCUUUUAACACAUGGGCAAAUUGUAGAAUACAUGAAAGAAUUCACACUGGAGAGAAACCAUAUUCAUGUGAGCAAUGUGGGAAAGCUUUUAACACACGUGCACAAUGUAAGGUUCAUGAAAGAAUUCACACUGGAGUGAAACCAUAUGUAUGUAAGGAAUGUGGGAAAGCUUUUAACACAUGGGCAAAUUGUAAAACACAUGAAAGAAUUCACACUGGAGAGAAACCCUAUGUAUGUAAGCAAUGUGGGACAGCUUUUAACACACUGGGAUAUUUUAAGAAACAUGAAAGAAUUCACACUGGAGAGAAACCCUAUGUAUGUAAGGAAUGUGGGAAAGCUUUUAACAGACAGGCAAACUGUAAAAUACAUGAAAGAAUUCACACUGGAGAGAAACCCUAUGUAUGUAAGCAAUGUGGGAAAGCUUUUACCCAACAUGGACAUUGUAAGCAACAUGAAAGUUCACACUCAAGGUAGAACCAGUGUAUAUAAGCAUCAUGAGAAUUUUUUGAGCACAAGUACAUAUUGCAUAAUGC